AUGUGCGAAGCGCUCGCGGUUGUCAAAGACGCCGACCCGCGCGGAAGGCGCAUGCAAUGUGUUUCUGGGGUCAGACGCUCUAUCGAGCAUGUAUCCAUCCAGCUUCUGAGCAGCGCUGGCGAGCUGGAAGAUGACGAGAGGCCCGCGACCCCAGACCCCUACCUGCCUGGCGUCAGCAAGCGGCAGUGGGAGGCCAAGGUUUCUGCUUGGCGCAGGGAAAUGUCGCGACUUCUUGACGAGGUGCCGGCUGGUGCGACGGAAUUGGCGGCGGCCGAAGAGUUCGGCGUCUGGGUAGAGCCUUCACCGCCAGCCGUUCGCGGCUGUCGAUCUCUCCUGCAAGAUGGAAACUGCAUCCCGCUCGCUUACAGCAUCCUGACGCGGGACUUCUGCGGCGGCAUCGACUACUGCGCGCGACUUCCCACUCGUUGCGCCGACGUCGCCAACCACUUCGGCUGCUCUCUGACCGUCGUGCGCCUGCAGGCUUCGCAGCAGGGUGCGUGCUUACUCUUGCCCGGGAAGUAUUUCUGCCAUAUGCGGUGCCAUUGCUGCGCUGCGGCUGUUUUCCCAGGAUCAUCUUCGGCGAUCGUGUGGAGAGGUUUCAGCCGCCACGUUCUGUCGAUGGCGCAGUGGGUCCGCCGCGUCGAAGAAGUCGAGGGCGCGCUGUUGCAUAUCACUUGCAGCAGUGAAGCGGGCCUCGACGUCGAUUUGACAACUGGGCGGGGAUCGCGGGGGACCGCGGCCGAAAGGGGCUUCAUGGGCGCCGACGAUGAUCUGCUGGGAGGCAUGGCGCAUGGGGAAGAUGUAUCCAAUGCGUGUCUCAGCGUGGUUCUGAAUACGCUGGGGGCGCACGUGCCGACCAGCGUGCAAGGCCCAUUCCGUGCGCUCGAGCACGGGGACCAAUUGCUGUCAUAUCUCGGCCUCGUCUUGGUCCGGCAGCCGCGGGGGCCGACCGGCCGGGGGCGUUAUGUCAAGUGGGGGCCGCCGCGGCGCGAAGCUGGACUGGCCGCGAGCGUCGGCCACUUCGCAGCCGUUAUCCUGCAGCCAGGCAAUGCCGCUGUGAUAGACCGCCGAGCAGGCCUGCCAGCUGUUCGCGAGUGGCGAGCGUGCAGCGACAUUCCGGACGUUGUGGAGCACAAGUGGCUCUUGUUGUUGGAGCUCGGCGCGCAGAGGCCAGGGCCUGAGAGCGGUUCGAUGGCGCCGCAGGAGGCGGUGCCCCACGUCCCGUGCGAUUUCUCCUUCGAGCUGCCGCGUCUUCCGAAGAUUCGCCUACUCGAGCGACUCAACGCUCGCCCGCGGGGCACUCAGUUGCACUUCGCUGCUCGUCUGCGCGAGUUACUUGUUUCGCACGCGGCCUGCGACGCCGAGAUCUGCGCCGAGGUGAAGGCAACUGCGAGAGCGGAGAUCGUGGAGAAAUGGCGCCUGGGCAAGGAAGGGGCUGCGAGGCGGGGCACCUGGAUGCUCUGGACGUUCGAGGCCCGCCUCAAUCGCGUUACGGUGCCGCGCGACGCCGUGGAGUUUCAGUUAUUCCUGAAAUUUCUGGGCGCGCUGAGAGGUCUGGCGGCUUUCCGCGCCGAGUGGGCCAUCUUCGCCGAGCGCGAGGGGCUUGCUGGGUCAAUCGAUUUCGCGGCCCGAGACUCUGCGGGCAGCUUGUGCAUAUGCGAUUGGAAGCGGGCGAAGAAUUUUCGUUCGAAGUUCACGAAUCCAUGGGAUAUUAUGAAGUUUCCAUUGGGCCUGUUGCCAGACUGCCAGGGAAAUCAUUACCAGGUGCAGCUUAAUAUUUACAGGUGGAUGUUGGAACGGUACUACGGCGCCCGCGUGGCUGCGAUGUAUGUAGUCUGCCUGCAUCCGGACAACUGUGACCAGCCCUUCGUGGACGACGUGCCGGUGAUCCGGACAUAG